AUGUAUCUCUACCGUAUCCACAGGCGGGCAGAAACGUCAUCGAUGAGGAUGCCUGUAGAGGUUGUGAAUGUCACGAUAAGUUUGAACUCUGCCGAAGAAAAUCAUGGGUGUCUGACUGACUACAAGUCCCAGACAAGUAGUGGGGGCGAAGCGAAUUGCCACGGGUGCCUCCGGGCCGCCCGGCACCCGGCAUGUUUAACUGUAGACCAGGAACUGUUGGCCCAGAAAGCAGCCUUCAGAAAGCCAGAAAUUUCAGCCCAGCCCAUCCUCCCUCAGGCAACUGAGCAUCUCAUCUUCGGCUCCUGGGCCUUGCCGCAUUGUAAAAUUUUCCAUCGCUUCGCAAAGAACACUAUUUCCCCAGUGGGUGUCCCUCAAUGUUAUUCCAUUCAACAGACUGUUGCAUUUACAUCACAGACAUAUGGCACUGCUGAUAAUGCUGAGAGCCCUGCCUCUACAGAAAGCUGUCGGGUUGAAAAUGCGGGGUCAAAUUUCGGAUUUAUGGCGGUAAUGAGCUCAACCGAUAGUACUAGGCAUCUGGCUUAA